CGGAGCUGGCUGUGUCCCGGCUCUGGAGCGGGUUAGCAGCGGAGAAGGCGGCGCGGCAGGCCCGGGUGGCCCAGGCUCGGGCGGGGCAGCGGGGGAGGCUGGCAGGCAGCGCGGGGAGAGCGGUGCCUUGGGGUGGGCGCUCCCGGCGAGAGGAGUCCGCUCCAUGCAUGCGGGCCGAGCCCGGCCCCUACGAGCCGCCGACAUGAAGAAAGACGUGCGGAUCCUGCUGGUGGGAGAACCUAGAGUUGGGAAGACAUCACUGAUUAUGUCUCUGGUCAGUGAAGAAUUUCCAGAGGAGGUUCCUCCUCGGGCAGAAGAAAUCACUAUUCCAGCUGAUGUCACCCCUGAGAGAGUUCCAACCCACAUCGUAGAUUACUCAGAAGCAGAACAGAGUGAUGAACAACUUCAUCAAGAAAUAUCACAGGCUAAUGUCAUCUGCAUAGUUUAUGCUGUCAACAACAAGCAUUCUAUUGAUAAGGUAACAAGUCGAUGGAUUCCUCUCAUAAAUGAAAGAACAGACAAAGACAGCAGGUUGCCUUUGAUAUUGGUUGGGAACAAAUCUGAUCUAGUGGAAUAUAGCAGUAUGGAGACCAUCCUUCCUAUUAUGAACCAGUACACUGAAAUAGAAACCUGUGUGGAGUGUUCAGCAAAAAACCUGAAGAACAUAUCAGAGCUCUUUUAUUAUGCCCAGAAAGCUGUUCUUCAUCCUACAGGGCCCUUGUACUGCCCAGAGGAGAAAGAGAUGAAGCCAGCCUGUAUAAAAGCCCUUACUCGUAUAUUUAAAAUAUCUGAUCAAGAUAAUGAUGGCACUCUCAAUGAUGCUGAGCUCAACUUCUUUCAGAGAAUUUGUUUCAACACUCCAUUAGCUCCUCAGGCUCUAGAAGAUGUCAAGAAUGUAGUCAGAAAACAUAUAAGUGAUGGUGUGGCUGAUAGUGGAUUGACACUGAAAGGUUUUCUUUUUUUACACACACUUUUUAUCCAGAGAGGGAGACAUGAAACUACUUGGACUGUGCUUCGACGAUUUGGUUAUGAUGAUGACCUGGAUUUGACACCUGAGUAUUUAUUCCCCUUGCUAAAAAUACCUCCUGAUUGCACUACUGAAUUAAAUCAUCAUGCGUAUUUGUUUCUCCAAAGCACCUUUGACAAACAUGAUUUGGAUAGAGACUGUGCUUUAUCACCUGAUGAGCUUAAAGAUUUGUUUAAAGUUUUCCCUUACAUACCUUGGGGGCCAGAUGUGAAUAACACAGUUUGUACAAAUGAAAGAGGCUGGAUAACCUACCAGGGAUUCCUUUCCCAGUGGACGCUCACGACCUAUUUAGAUGUACAGCGGUGCCUGGAGUAUUUGGGCUACUUAGGCUAUUCAAUAUUGACUGAACAAGAGUCUCAAGCUUCAGCCAUUACAGUAACAAGAGAUAAAAAGAUAGACCUUCAGAAAAAACAGACUCAAAGAAAUGUGUUCAGAUGUAAUGUAAUUGGGAUGAAAAACUGUGGGAAAAGUGGAGUUCUUCAGGCUCUUCUUGGAAGAAACUUAAUGAGACAGAAGAAAAUUCGUGAUGAUCAUAAAUCCUACUAUGCGAUUAACACUGUUUAUGUAUAUGGACAAGAGAAAUACUUGUUGAUGCAUGAUAUCUCAGAAUCGGAGUUUCUAACGGAGGCUGAGAUCUUUUGUGACGUUGUAUGCCUCGUAUAUGAUGUCAGUAAUCCCAAAUCCUUUGAAUACUGUGCCAGGAUUUUUAAGCAACACUUUAUGGACAGCAGAAUACCUUGCUUAAUCAUAGCUGCAAAGUCAGACCUGCAUGAAGUUAAACAAGAAUAUAGUAUUUCACCUGCUGAUUUCUGCAGGAAACACAAAAUGCCUCCACCACAAGCCUUCACUUGCAAUACCACUGAGGCACCCAGUAAAGAUAUCUUUGUUAAGUUGACAACAAUGGCCAUGUACCCAGAGGAUCAUUACAGAAACAGACUCUCCCGAGACACAGGCAGCACUGAUAGAAUAGAGAAUUUGAGAAAAGUCUGGGUCUUUCUAAAAACUGCUUUCCAUGCCCGGUUACGCUGUAUGUGCACCUGCAACAGGUGUACAUUUUGCAUCUGUCAGAACUUCCUCAACUCAGAGUUGCUGCAAUCUAUAAAGAACAAAAUCUUCACUGCAAUUCUUAACAGGCACGUGACACAAGCUGACCUCAAGAGUUCCACGUUUUGGCUUCGAGCAAGUUUUGGUGCUACUGUUUUUGCCGUUUUGGGCUUUGCCAUGUACAAAGCAUUAUUGAAACAGCGAUGAUUUAAAACAAAAAAAUACUGGCCCCUACCAAAAACAAAUACUUUUAUGUACAUUCUGAAUGCUUUAAAUUCUGCUAGAAAUAUUGACAUAUUUAUACAUGCAGAGUUACUUUAUUAAUUAUUUGUAAUUCGUGCAUAAGAGUAUUUUAACGAUAGUUGUAACUGCAGUAUUGGCUAGCAUAUGGAAAGAAACAGCUUAACAGCCAGACUAAAGUGGCUAAAUUCCAGAGGCCAAAAGGGAAUGUUUUGUAAAUAAUGUACAUAUUCAGGCAAGAUAUGGUCUCCCAAACUGAGUUCUAGAAAUGAUAUUUCUAGAUGUUUCUACAUGGUAUUGUUAGUGCUCAGUUGGCUCACUCUCCUAGGCUUAAGUCAGUUCAGAGAUUGUAUUUACUCAUGGAUCACUUAUUUAUUUACAUUUACUCCGAAUGAUCUUUGGGUCCUUCAAGUACCGGAGGCACAAUUUACCACUUUCUCUCCGUUUGUAAAAACAAACAAGUCAUUGUCAGCUUACCAGCACAACCUUCUUUCAGUCACUUGGGUAGGCCAGCCUGGAAGCCACCAGGCUAGCUAGACAAUUGUAUAACUGAGUGUGAGGAGCUUUAAGGAAGGAGGAGCUAAAGGCAAUUAGAGGUGUUACCUGCGCGAUUAUGUUGCUUCCUUUGUCAGGAUGUUGAAUUUUAUAGCCCUUUCAAUCAAAUGAGAAAAAAGAUUUGUAUAUUAUCAAUGUUUUUAGUUCAAAUAAACAGUCACCACUGCAACAAUUGAAUUUCCUCCCAAAGUGUAAAUCAUUCUACAAGGGCUGUGUCUGUCCUAGUGAUUCAGCAGCUGCAUGUAUCAUGAAGUGUUCUAUGUCUGUCUGGGAUAACCUAGAAGCAGCACUUUUUUAAAUGGUAAAAUAAGUCUAAUGAAUAUAAACUCUCAUGAUAAACCUAUUUUUUCCAUCAUUGACCUUUUCAAGUAUUUAAAUAAAUGACCACUGUGUACUGUGA